GUCGAAUACAGGGCUCUGAGGCUUCAUAUUCCAGCAGUUGCAACUCCAAGUUAAGAGAAAUUUCCUGAGUCUACUUAGAUGUCAAUCCUUCUUUGAUUCCGCCCACCAGCAAUAGUAAUGGAGCAAGACCAAACUCCCAGCGAGAAGCAAGGCCAUCCGCCCGCUCAAGCGAUCCUCCACGAGGUGCGGACUGCCGAAAACAGCGCUGCCCAUUUGCUGCCCAAGUUGCAGUCUAUGAAAGAAUCCAACUAUCAUUUGACGCUCUUAGACGUCGGCGCUGGCUCAGGCACCAUCUCUGUGAGUUUCGCCAAGCUCAUCCCCAACGGCCACGUUACCGGCGUCGACCUCAACCCCAACAUCUUGCCACGGGCACGAGCUGUCGCUGAAAUGGCCGGCGUCAAAAACAUCGAGUUUCAGCAGGGCAAUGUCUACAAGCUCCCCUUUGCCGACGAGACAUUCGACGUCACCUUUUGUCAUCAGGUGCUGAUCCACAUUGGCACCCCGUGGGAUGCGCUGCGUGAAAUGCUCCGAGUAACAAAGCGAGGCGGCAUCGUCGCGGCCCGCGAGGGCGACUACGAGUCGGAAUGCGUCUGGCCCGAACUUCCCGAGCUGUGCAAGUUCCAUAAGCUCAUGGCAGGUCUUAUGAGUGCCGGCGGUGGCACUCCAACUGCAGGCCGACAGCUGCUUUCUUGGGCACUCAAGGUUGGUGUCGAGCGGAGCCAGAUUACGCUCAGCUAUAGUACAUCGUCAUACCAUACACCGAGCGAUAAGAAAAUCUGCUCCCAGGGGUUGUGUGAUCAGCUCAGAGGGGGUUCUUUGCGAGAGAAAGCCCUAAAGUUCGGCCUAGGUACUGAGAAUGAUCUUGAAGAAAUGGCCAAGGCUUGGGAGGAGUGGGCGAAGAGAGAUGAUGCAAGCUUGGCCAUGCUGCAUGGAGAAAUUCUCGUCCAAAAGUAAUUUCGAGACCCCAAGUCACACUUUGCCGCUGGUCCAUGUACACCGGAAAUGCAAAGAAAAUACAUGGUAGAUCAAGCCAUAAAGUUCCGUGGCUUAAAUGACAAGAUUGUAACUAGCCAGAUAUAGCACGAGAGCUUAUAAGGCUAGCUGUCUGACGAUACCUCCUGCGGUGCUCUUUUAGUAUUGACUUUCGCCGUCACACCUCCGAGUUUCGAUGUUUUCCCAAUCCCAUUCAAAUAGCAGGGGGGUGGCAUUGUAGCUUUAAAUGAUGGGAUAACGGCAUUGAACCUAACGCCAGCUUAAUGUUCUUGGUUCGCCCGCUACGGCAUAGAAGCGACGCACGUGAGCAGUGGCUUAACACUGUUUGGAGGGGUUGCCCUACAUUGUGGCGCAUGUCAAUGGGGCUAGAUACGUGCCUUAAACACCACAGAAGCGACA